AUGGAUUCGAGCGGCGAACAGGGCACUCCUGGAAAGGGCACUCCUGGACGUAAGCCCUAUCUUGUUCCAGACGUUCCAGGAGGCGGCGAGCGCAAACUUUACAUCCAAGCAUUGGAGCAGCGCGUUGCAGAUUUGGAGUCUCAACUCCCUGGAGCUGGGGAGGACCAUUACCACGAUGGAGCACAUGAAGCCACGCAACGGCCAGCUCCAACGGAGAAUGUCCCCACAGACUCCCCAGCGACGGCUUCUGGCAGCCACCCAGAAUGCAACCCGGACGAGGGCGGAGAGAUCAUGAUCGCGGUGCGAGAUCUGUCCCUUUCCGCAUCUGGUCAUUACGUCGGCGCAUCAAGUCAUAUUGAUGUCGGCAGGGUCCUUUCUUCCGUGGUCUCUCGAGAUGGUAAUCCCCGACCAAUGGCCGCGAGAGGCCCGGGUGCUUCUGCAGAAGACUCAGACCCGGCCCCAAAAUCCGCGCACCCUAUCACUCGAUCUGAAGAAGCCCUUGACACUCCACCCUUGACGUCUCAGGUAGCAGCGAGACUGAUGAAGGGGUGGUCCCAACACAUUGCUACCAGAUAUCCGGUUCUUCACACGCCCAGAGUAAGAUGGCUAUACACCAAUCAAGCUCAUCUUACCGAUGUCUACGACCGAGCCAUAUUGCAUCUGGUUUACGCUGUGAGCGGGCGCUGGCUGGAGUCGUCAGGCGAGAUGGGAUACUUCUUUAGCGAUCAGUACUACGACCUUGCGAUCGCGCAGAUGAACCAGAUACAAAGGUUGCGAGAUGAGAGGACAGUUGACUACCUUCUUCUUCUGGCCCUGUACUGCACUCGAGCGCCACGAGAUCCUGGUGCCUGGACCUUCAUCGGUGCUGCGAUGCGCCUAUGUGUAGAGCUGGGCUUACAUCGAAAGCGUCCGCAGACAUGUCCGAGUGUACAGAGAGAACUCAGUAAGCGACGUUUCUGGACUGCGUACUUCCUGGACAGAGAUAUUUCAAUCGCCAUAGGACGUCCUCCGGGGAUAAGCGACCACGACUUGGACUGCGAACUUCCGCUGGACAUUGACGAAGCAGUGGAGGAUGAUGCUACAGUCCUCCAGGCAGCCCAAGAUCAAAACGAUCCCUCGAGAUGGCAGACAUCCACACUGACCCCUUUCAUCCAUCGAUUGCGGCUGAAACGAAUUGAAUCCGAGAUUCAACACCUGGUGUAUCGAGUCGACAUUCAAGACGGAGCGUCGACAUCACUCAUCGAUCAUUUCCUGGACAGGCUGUCAAGCUGGAAGCAUCAAAUCCCCUUGGAAGCCGGCGGCUUUGAGGGUCAAGUCAAUCCCGACGUACCCUACGACGGGGCCGAGUUCUACACCAUCCAUUACCAUCGAUGUGUGCGCUUUCUACUGUAUCCACAGCUCUGCCAAUCUCCCUUGAACUACGAGUAUGUCCGCCUAUGCGCCGACGCCUGUCAAGGAAUCAUCAGCGACUAUCGAAAGCUCCAUGUGAAAUAUCCAGUCGGCUUUUCGGCACUGUCAAUUCAAUCUGUGUUCCUUAGCGCACAAGACCAGUCCGUUGAUGCCCAUCUCUCUCUCAACGACUGUAUGCUCUUGCUCUACAUCAUCUGUGAGCGAUAUCCAAGCGCUCGUCGAUAUCGAGACAUCUUUGAAAGAGUCAAGAGCGCUUCUGCAGCGGCCGCGAGUCAAGGGAUUGGCAUCGAUUCUCAGAAGGACGUAGCAUCAAUACCCGAUGCCCAUACAGUGAACGACGCCACGCACGGCUGGACUUCGGAAUUUAGCAACGACCUCAUGCAAAUGAUUGACGAGAUGACGGGUCAGGCGAUCGACCCAUUUUUGGGGGUAUCCUCAUCGCUGGACUCCAACAUGGGAUAUGGUUCGCCAGGCUCUUGGUGGUCUUGA